AUAGGGUUCAAAGGCUAAAAGUAGGCGGGAUUGUACUUCAAACCCAAUUUGUAACUUCCUCUGCGUGGUGUCGUAAUCGCGAUAUUACCAUGUUAUUUAAGUCUCUGCUACUCGGUGCCUGCGGUCUCAGCGCAGUUGGAGCUGCAGCGUAUAAAUUUGCCCCUACUCAGAUCUCGGCAGCGUUCUUUCAUUCCGUGGUUAGGAAAUCAGCUCUCGUGGAGCAAUCCAACAUGAAGAUAGAGCUGCUGCCUGCACUUACUGAUAACUACAUGUAUCUCCUCAUUGACGAGGACACAAAAGAGGCAGCCAUUGUGGACCCUGUCGAACCCAUGAAGGUUGUUGAAGCUGUUAAAAAGCAUGGCGUGAAGCUCAAAUCCAUUCUAACCACACAUCAUCACUGGGACCAUGCUGGUGGAAAUGAGAAAAUGGUGAAGUUGGCCCCUGGGCUUACUGUGUAUGGAGGUGAUGACAGGAUAGGAGCCUUGACCAAAAAAGUAACACACUACAACACUUUCAAAGUGGGCUCGCUCAAUGUAAAGUGUUUGUUUACACCAUGUCAUACGAGUGGACACAUCUGCUACUUUGUGACUUCAGAAAAUAGCUCUGAACCCCCAGCGGUGUUUACAGGGGACACCCUGUUUGUGGCAGGCUGUGGAAAAUUCUUCGAGGGUACAGCCGAGGAAAUGUACAAAGCUCUGGUAGACAUUCUGGGCCGACUUCCUCCAGAGACGCGUGUGUACUGUGGCCAUGAAUACACAAUCAACAAUUUAAAAUUUGCACACCACGUUGAACCAAAUAACGAGGCCAUCAAGAGAAAACUGGCAUGGGCUAAGGAGAAAUACGAUAGCGGAGAGCCAACCAUUCCUUCCACGAUUGCGGACGAGUUCACGUUCAACCCCUUCAUGAGAGUCAGAGAGAAAUCGGUACAGACGCACGCCGGGACAAGUGACCCCAUAGACACGAUGAGGAGUAUCCGGAAAGAGAAGGACGGCUUCAAAGUUCCCAAGGAUUGAGCUUGUGUGUGGAAAACUCUACUACUAAUGCAUCUUAGUGCACUUCAUACGCUUACUAACACACUCUGGGCAAUACACAGGAAUAAGCACAUUCGUUAAUGCACCAUUUAAAAGCACCUGUAGGGGUAGAAAUUGAUUUAAAUCUUGUAUGUUUCUCUGGCCAGCUUGUUGUUCAAUAUGUCCAUCACAUGCUGGGGAUAUCCUCCAGGCUGAAGUAUUUGGCUGACUUGGCUCAUCUGUUGCUUAUUAUAUAUAAUAUAUCAUAUAAGAGUCUUUUAUAAUUUUAUUCAUUGUUUCAGCGCUGGGAAAACAUGGCACCUUAAAGGUUUGUGAAAUCAAUUCCAGCAAGCAGCUUAUCUAGUUUCUAAGCUGAAGGUACUCAUUAGUGCUGCCUGUAGAAUCUGUGUAAAGAAUACUAACAUCUUCUCAGAGUAUUUACGUAUGUUGUGAUUUCGAAAGCAGGGAUUCUUAAUCAGUAUACCAAUGUCUUAAUGUGCAAUGUUUUAUUUUUUUUGUUUUCGAUUUGAAGAAGGCUGUUUAAGAUGCCAGGUGUUUAUAAUCUUUGUGUUAUAAGAGAAAAUGCAUUUAUAGGCUUCAAGAUAGUAUGCAUGGACAGAUGAGAUAUUCAUAUCUUUAAAAUUCUUUCAUAUAGAGGCAACAGUUGCCAUGCUCUAAUUAUUAUUGUACCUGAACCCUGCCUUGCACUUUCAGUUCUCAGAAGUGAAAACACAAACAUGAUUAAAUUUCAGUGUGAUCAAUAAAGUGCCUGAGUGAAUCAA